AUGGAAGAAAAUGCACAAGAGGCGUCCAAAGCUGUAGACCAUACAGAGAAGGAUGUAUUGACCGCAGUAGCAGUCAAGGACGUUGCAUAUACUAUGCUUGACCAACGACUGGCGAGGUUCAGAUCGGCAUGUCAAGACUAUAUCCUCCACGAUUUUGCGGCUGCAGUCAAGGACGAGGUUGAGGCUCGCUUGUGGAAUGCGCAUUCCAAGGUGAACGGGAAGUUCAGGAUUUGGCUGGCUCAGUUUCGCGAGGGUGAUGGCAGAAAGAAGCCGGUUGAGCGCCGAAAGGCAGAGAAACUCUACCUGGAAUUCAUCAAGUCAAGCAUGCGCUUUUAUCGUGGAUACAUUCAGAGGCUAGCAUCCAACUUCGGUGGCAUCGACGAGAUUGUCGAGCUUGCCCGGAGGUUCAACUUGGAUACACUCUCAGUCAACAAACUUCGCCCCGUGGAUGAAAUGCUGAAGAAGCAGAUCGUCAGGUCUUGCUAUUCGAGUCUGGUCCAACUAGGAGACUUGUCUCGGUACAGGGAGACCGAGUUGCAGACGAAAGAACGCAACUGGGGACCUGCCAGAGGUUACUAUGAUCUUGCCUCUGCGCUCGAUCCGACUUCCGGAAUAUCAAACAAUCAGCUCGCAGUUAUUGCACUGGCCGACCAAGACCAUCUACGUGCCGUAUAUCAUCUUUACCGGUCGAUCUGUGUCGAGAACCCUGCUCCUCAAGCGCAAGGAAACUUGAAACUUGAGUUCAGAAAAAUCCGAAAGAGGUAUUCUGAAGGCAAAUCGAAAGAAGAUGAUGUCGUCAAAGGAAGGUCCAGGCUUCAGGACGAUUUCCUUCUCUUUCACGCCCGUAGCUGGGACGGUGGGGAUCAUGUUGGUGAUGAGGACGAACAGGCCAACGUGCUUCGCCUUCUUGCGGACGAGCUGAGGGUACGGCCCCACGAGGAUACCAUCAGAAAAUUUUGUUUGAUCAAUAUUGCGGCACAAGAUGUGGCUGCAAAGAGAGCAAGUAGCGAUCCCGCUUUGACACGCUCAUUCGAGACAUUUCGGCGGAUGAAUACAGCCACUUUCAUAACAUUGCUAGAGCUUCUAGUUGAAGAGCUGGAGGCUAUUCCAUCAUCUGGCAGGGCCACCCCAAGCCGUGCGAGCAGUGAUCCAUUUCGACUCACUCCUAUCACCCGCCGCAUGCUUCCUCAUCUUAGACUGUAUAGCGGCUGGUUAUUGAGCAAUGCGCAACAGCUCCUCCAGAAUGAGACGCUUCAGCGCGAAAUGGCAACUUUAUGGCGGACCUACGCAUAUGCUUUGAGUCUGCUUAGGCAAGCAUUUCCCGUCAUAACGAAAAUACCGGAGCUCCCUUACCUCUUAGAUGAGGAUGGUGACACUCUUGCAUUCUCUCCUUUCAGCAGUCUUGUCGAUGAGACACGCUUUCGCGGUGCUGACGGUCGAACGAAGCCGGUCUAUGGCGAGGCGACCGUUGGCCCGCGAUCAGUUCAGAAUGAGAUGCUGUACAGAGUCAAAUGCUUGGUCAAAGAUGGGCUCUUUCUUUGCAAAAAGGAAAUGGUGGGGCCGAUCCCUGUCCCGUUGGUGUUUGCUGGCGGCCGAUUCAACUUUAUUGCAGAAGACUCAACAGGACAAGAGAUUCCUUUACCUGAUAUGGAGAAUGGUUCGUCGUGUAUUGACGACGAGCAUGCGCCACAAGCUCGCGGUAGCGGCUCUCCUUCACAUCGCCAAAGAACUGGGCCUGACGCCCCUGGGGCAAUGCGCUCUGCUAUGGAGGACAUGGUGAACAGUAUUGUAGGGACCGAACCUCAUGCGUCAGUCGGCGGUGCUUCAAGCCUAGUGACUCCGAUGACGCCUUCGGUCGAGCACCCCUUGGGAAGCACAGCAAACAUGAUGCAGCCGCCGGCCACAAUCACUGCUCUGGACCUUGUCCAACAGCUCCGCCGAUCAUCGGGUGCGUUGCCUCAAGGGCUAGACUUGCCAGGUGUAUGGAGCAGUCCUUUCACGCCACGACCUGGAGAGGCACCGAGUUCUACAUCACGACCAACCACUGCUCAUCGCACGCCACGGCUGGGCACCCCUGGUCCGUCCUUGAACAGCUCGGAGCGGUUUCGAGCACAGCUCGAACUUGAAAAGGAGGCGAUACAGAACCGAACUUCCCCAGUGCCUUCGUUCGAGCCAUCGCCCUCCACCGACUAUGAAGGCCAGCCUCAACCGGCCUAUUGGCUCCGCAUGAAUGGCCCGCUCCAUGCUCAACCACAGCAGUCACCUUGGGCAUCUAGUUUCCCGACAUAUCUUUCGCAUGAGACUGUGAUUUCGCCUCGGAAGCCAGAGCCCUCGCCGUUUGGCGCCGUUGGCGAACCUCGCCCGAGGAGUAACCGCACCCCAACGAGUGGUCAAGCCGGCUGA